CACUCUUUGGUUCAGUCACCUACCGGCCUGCCGACGUGGCGGGGCGGAAGAGGAGCUGCUGGCUGGCACCAAACGGAUCAACAUGUCCCAGGCCGCCUGCCCCGACACAGACCUCUUGGUUGACAUCACACCUCCACCUGUCCAGCCCCCUCCCCCUGACCCCGACUCCACUCAGGAUGUCCCAGCAUCCCUCACUCCUCCGCCCUCGGCCCCUCUGCAGUCUGCUCUGACCCCUGAGAGUGUCGUCCCUCCACAGCCCGUCGAGGACACGACCACAGAGGACACUGAGACUAACACCUCUCAGGGUCAAACUGACCAACCAGAGGCUGCGGCUGAGGGUCAGGUGAUUGUGUGUGACCAACCAGUGAGCCUGGAGGCUGACGCAGAGGCAGCAGAGGAAAAUGAAGAGAGGUCUCUUCAGGAGAAAGAGAAAGUUUGGGGAGGUUGGGGUUCAUGGGGGAAAUCUCUCCUGAGCAGUGCCACCUCCUCAGUGGGGCAGAGCUUGACCUCAGUGAAGGUGAAGGCAGGGGAGGCUCUGCGUCUCAACAGGACUUCAGUAGGAGAGGAGGCGCGAGAGGAGGAGGAGGAGGGGGGGGAGGAGGGAGCAGAGGGGAAGAGAGAGGAAGGAGGAGGAGGAGAGAGAGGAGGAGACACUGACCCGUCCAGCUCUGCAGAAUCCUCUGGCAGCGCUGCAGCUCCAGGCAGGGGCGUCUUCUCUUCUAUCACACACGCGGUGCAGAACACAGGUAAGUCUGUGAUCAGCGGAGGGUUGGAUGCCUUGGAGUUCAUUGGAAAGAAGACAAUGACCGUUCUUGCCGAGAGUGACCCGGGUUUCAAAAAGACCAAGACCCUGAUGCAGAAGACUGUGUCGCUGAGCCAGAUGUUGAAGGAAGCAAAAGAGAAGGAGCGUGCACGUCUGGGUAACCAGCCAAUAAGUGAGCACACAGCUCACUACGGUAUUCUGUUUGACGACUACCAGGGCCUGUCCCACCUCGAGGCUCUGGAGAUCCUGUCCAAUGAGAGCGAGGGAAAGGUCCAGGCCUUCCUCUCCUCCCUGACUGAAGAAGAACAGGACGAGGCGAAGAAGGAGCUGAUUUUUAUCAAGGACAUCUUCAUAAAGCGAGAGGAGCAAGAGGAGAAAGAAGGAGAAGACGAAGGACAGACGAAGGAUAACGGUGAUCUAAGUUCACAAUUACACUGUUCUACCCCUCUAUCAGCGGACGGCGAGGAGUUUGUGAGCAUUCUCACUGAGCUGCUGUUUGAGCUUCAUGUUGCUGCAACUCCAGACAAACUCAACAAGGCUCGCAGGAGGGCCCAUGAUUGGGUGAGCGAGGUGGAACAGGCUGUCACUACGGAGACAGUUGGCAGGGAAACGCAGGACCUGCAGGGAGGAGAGGCCUCACCUGAAGAGACUGAAAACGAGGAGAAGAAGAAGCAAGAAGGAGAAGAGCAAAAGGAGGAGAGCGGCGGGGGGGAGGAGAUGAACGGAGAAGACGAGGCAAGGAAGGAGAAAGAGGAGGACCCGAGAUCUGUGGAGGCUGUCUACCUGUCAUCAGUGAGCAGUUUGGCAGAAGUGACAGCUCGCAGUAUCGAGCAGCUCCACAAGGUGGCAGAGCUCAUCCUCCACGGUCAGGAGCUGGAGAAACCAGCCAGAGACCAGGCGCACAUCCUCACCAGGUUGACGUGUGCCAUGUGUAAGGAGGUGCAGUGUUUGGCCAAGAAGUUCUCUGACACGCUGCUUUUUGUCGGGGGUCAGAGGAAAGCAGAGGAGCUGACUCCGCUGAUAGACAGUGUGCAGCUAGAGGGCUCCAAUAGCACGAACUACAUCCAGAAUGCAUUUCAGCUGCUGCUUCCCGUCCUGCAGAUCUCCCACAUCCAGAGCCAACACAGUCAGCCCGACACAGAGCCCAGCACACAAACACAGCAUUAACACACACACACACACACACACAGACACACACACCUGCUCACCUGCUCACCUGCUUGUCUUAAUGUACUUAUAAUUGUACAGUAAAUAAAAUAGAUUAUAACAGAUGAAGUGCUUUAAACUACAUUAAGUGCCAUAGCAUCAGGCAGAAGAGGUUUUAAAUAUUACAAUAUCUAAUUAUACUCUGGUAGGUAACAGUUUAACAGACAUGUACAUGUAGAACUGUUACACACAUUUGUGUCUCUUCCAUGUUGUAUCUCUGUGUUUUACUUUGAUUUAGCAGUGCUAAGAUAUUCUUCUCUGAUGAACCAAACAGAGAUGAUUUGAGUUUUUAUCAUCUCUAAAAGCUGAACCAAAAACAAAACUUACUCAAGUGCAGAAUGUGUUGAAGGGAUUUGACUUUAAUGUAUAUUAAGCUUUCUUUGCACUCCUCGUGAUCCGUAGUUAUUCAAACGUUAGCGAGAGUUGACUAACACUAGUGAGCGGCCUGUUUCUCUAAAAUGUUUAAUGAAGUUUAAGAGUUCAUGACUGUUUGAUUUGUAUGUUAAAUUAUGUGUGGGGACACUACCGUUUAUGUCACUUAAAUCCAGUUUGAUUUGAAAGAAAAAGUGACGACAUAUUAACACACAUAAGAAAAUAAUUAGUUCUGCCUUCUUCAUUUUUUUGUACAUUGCAGAGUGUAUCAUUUCAUGUUGGUUAAUUUAUCUCUAAUUAUCUGAUGUUGCUGCUACAUUUAAAAAGUUGAUUCUGGCUUUUUGUGAAAGUUUCCUUCAUUGCUUUGGUGUUGACAGUGGGAACAGGAAAACAGCGAGCUUCUGGCACAUUAAGUAAUAAAAAAGAACCGCUUUAAAACCACAACAAGUCAUUCAAACAGUGUGAAUGUAAACCACUGGUCACGGCUGCUUUUGGGCUGCAGAAUAAAGUCGUUAACACGAAAAAUAAAAAAUACUCGACUUUCAAGUUGAUGGAGCAAAUUUAGCUUUUUAAUGAAUUGGGACACAGUUGUUGAGUUUGAGCAGCAGUCCAAAGAUUAUCACAGUGAGUCUGAUUUAUUUAAAUAUAUAUAUCUAGUGUUACAUUAGCUCCUCGCUUCCAGUCACGACUCCUUUACUCCUCAUCUUUACUUUUCCCUCCUCACUUUUAGAGAUGAAUAUAUGCAGGCAGGAUAAAUUAUUAACAAUAAAAAAACAUGAGUUGGUCCUUUCAGACACCAUCAGAGGCUGUUUGACAGAGUUACAAAUGCCUUCAAAAAUUUAAUUAAUUGUGAUGUAAGAUUAAUGUUUGGAAGCCAAGUCAUAUUUUAGGAUUUCCUCCUAAUGAAACGGCCUUAACAUGUUUGAGACAGAGAUGUCAAAAAUAAAGAAGAAUAACUAUUU